CUUCAAGAAGCCAGCCGGUUGUCCUUGUGAUUUUCAAAAAAAGCUACACGUUUUGUUUGUUUUUCUUUUUGGACCAUAAGAGCAAAUAUGAAAGCUGUGGCAUUCCUGAUGUGUUUGCUGGGCUCCUCAAUAGCUGCCCCUGCCCCUGACAGUGACAGCAAUGAGCAGGCAAUUAUUAGUCAUGCUAACACAGCACUGCAGUUGAUGGAACUCUACAGAAUGUUUGGACAUCUGCGGCAACAGGGUUUUGGUGCUGUUCCUGUUGGUGCUCAACUGCCUGCAGCACUCUCAGCGCCCGCAGCGCCCGCACCUGUUCAUGCAGCACCCGCAGCGCCCGCACCUGUUCAUGCCCAGCCUCAGGUUUCACCUCAAGCACCACAGCAGGGCAUUUUCUUCAACCCCACAGGAGAUGAAUCAGAUGAGGAAGGAGCACCGCAGUUUCGUGGGUUUUAUCCUCCCUAUGGCUACCAGCCUGCCCAGCGGGCUGCUCCUUUGAACUCAGAUGAGGCAGAAGGAGCCGAGGCUGGAGCCGAGGCUGGAGCCGAACCUGAACCUGCUGGAGCCGCCGCAGUCGCUACUGCCGCAAAUGAGAUUGCACCUGUUGAUAUUGCUGUAGAUGUUACUGUUGAACCUGCUACCGAAGUCAUUGCUUCUGCUGUUCCAUUCCUCAUCCCUGAGGUACCGGCAGUCGCUGUGGACACUGACACCACUUUGGUGGGGCCUGAUGCCACUGCUGGUGCAGACCAGGUGUUGGUGGCUGAUGAAAACGCUGCUGCUCUGCCUGUGUAGUGAAAGAGAUGAUCACAAGCCCCUCCCUCAUAACCAAUCAGUCACAUCACUGACAUUAAGACCAAACUUCUAUGGUAUGAACAUUAUAGCACAGGGACUUGGCUAGACAGAGGGGUGUCUAACUGGCUUGCUUCAACAAAGUGUGGCACA